AAUAUUCUGUCUCGGUCCUUCUAGUUUUGGUUUUCUUGGGAGACAUUCUAUAUCUAACCAACAAAUACAGUGCAAACUUUACCUUUCUUCUCCUCACCGCAACUGGGGUUUGGGUUUUCUCCUUGCUAAAUUAAAUUAAUCUGCUUAUCAAUUCCCAGAUUGAGAAAUAUGGUGUUCUCACAGAGACUUCACGAAGCAUUCAAAGGAACCGUUGAGAGAAUCACCGGUCCACGGACCGUCUCUGCCUUCAAAGAAAAAGGUGUUCUUAGCGUUUCCGAAUUCAUUCUUGCCGGGGAUAAUCUCGUCUCUAAAUGCCCCACCUGGUCCUGGGAAUCUGGCGAACCGAGCAAGAGAAAGUCGUAUUUGCCAGCGGAGAAACAGUUCUUGAUUACUAGAAAUGUGCCAUGCCUAAGAAGAGCUGCAUUUAUAGAAGAAGAAUAUGAAGGUGCAGGAGGUGAAGUUUUGGUUGAUAAUGAAGAUAAUGAUGGGUGGCUGGCGACUCAUGGGAAACCAAAAGAUAAAUUGGAUGAUGAUGACAAUUUGCCCUCCAUGGAGGCCCUAGAAAUCAGCAGGAACAAUACUGUUCAAUCAAUUUCUAACCACUUUGGGGGUGAAGAAGAAGAGGAAGAUAUUCCAGACAUGUCUGAGUAUGAAGAACCUAACAGCUUAAUAGAAGCAGAUCCUGCUACACUUCAGCCUACAUAUUUUGUUGCUCAUGAACCUGAUGAUGAUAACAUUCUUCGGACUCGAACUUAUGAUGUCAGCAUCACGUAUGACAAAUAUUAUCAAACUCCUCGUGUUUGGCUUACCGGAUAUGAUGAGUCAAGGAUGCUUUUGCAACCUGAGCUUGUACUUGAAGAUGUUAGUCAAGACCAUGCACGCAAAACGGUAACUAUAGAAGACCAUCCUCACUUGCCAGGGAAGCAUGCAUCCAUACAUCCAUGUCGACAUGGUGCAGUGAUGAAGAAAAUUAUUGAUGUUUUAGUGUCACGUGGAGUGGAGCCUGAAGUUGACAAGUACCUUUUCCUAUUCUUGAAAUUUGUGGCCUCUGUAAUUCCAACCAUUGAAUAUGAUUACACCAUGGACUUUGAUCUUGGAAGCUCAAGCAAUUGAUAUGAGGCAGACGGUGGCAUCACUGUUCAAAGUUAUUUCGCAUAAACCGGACAAAUACCACGUGGAGGUGUGUUCUGAAUUGGUCAACUGCACAGUAAUCUUCCUCAUCUUUUGUAUAUAUAAAACUUGAACUGGAAGUCCUGGAAACCUAUUGAAGUUGUUGGUUUGGUAUAUAAGCGUUGUCAUAGAGUUGCUUAGACUCUGUAAAAUUGCAUGUGGUGGAUAGAUUGUUAUUAAUACAAAAUUCACUACUAUUAUUGUCUA